AAAAAUUGCUGACGCGCUGAGUACGGAGUACAGUUGGGCGUUAGUACAGGCACCUCACAACCCGAGACCUUUGUCUGUCAGUAGAGCUCAGUUUCACUUUCGUGUAAUGGAUUUGCUAAUUUGAGUCAUUUUAAGAAAACGUGUGUGUAUGUGUGAGACACAGAGGCAGAGGAGGGGUGUGGAAGAGAUUGAUAUUUGUAGAGCCGGGGAGGAGAAAAAUCAGGCUGCUGAACCUGGUUGAGGCUUGUUAGCCUGUUAAUGCAUAGAGUAAAGAAAGUUAAACUUGAAGACGAUACUACAGAAAGUUGGAAAAGCUGUGUAGCGAGAGCCGAGGAGAUGGCUGGGGUGGAAUCCCUGCCCGAGAGUGCGGAGGUGGUGGAAAUGGAUGACACUCCGACACCGUUCUACGUGGAGAAGCACUCAUGGGAUGGGGUGCGAGAGAUUAUCCACAGCAGCAGGAAGUACCCCGGCAUCAUCAUCAACAAAGCACCUCACGAUUUCCAGUUCAUUCCAAAACACGACGACUCGGGCCCACACUCCCACCGCGUCUAUUACUUGGGGAUGUCUUAUGGGAGUCGGGAGAAUUCCCUCCUGUACUCUGAGAUCCCGAAAAAGAUCCGGAAAGAGGCGCUUCUGCUGCUGUCCUGGAAACAAAUGCUCGAUCACUUCCAGGCCACUCCGCACCACGGAAUGUACUCGAGGGAAGAGGAGCUUCUACGCGAGAGGAAACGACUUGGGACGUUCGGGAUUACUUCAUACGACUAUCACAGGGAAAGUGGCCUUUUCCUCUUCCAAGCUAGCAACAGUCUCUUCCAUUGUAGGGAUGGAGGCAAAAACGGAUUUAAUAUAUCGCCAAUGAAACCAGUAGAGAUUAAGACCCAGUGUUCAGGUCCUCGAAUGGAUCCAAAGAUCUGUCCUGGAGAACCUUCCUUCAUCUCAUUUAUAAAUAACAAUGACUUGUGGAUAGGAAAUAUUGAAACGGGAGAGGAGCGACUAACGUUUUGCCAUAAAGGUUUGGCCAAUGUAAUAGAGGAUCCCAAGUCUGCGGGAGUAGCAACCUUUGUAAUACAGGAAGAAUUUGAUAGGUUUACUGGUUAUUGGUGGUGUCCCACAGGAACUGAAGGCCCAGAAGGCGUGAAGAUUUAUUAUCUCUUAUAUGAAGAGGUGGAUGAGUCGGAUGUGGAGAUCAUUCACGUGACCUCGCCAGCGCUGGAAGAGAGGAAAGCAGAUGCCUACAGAUACCCGAGAACAGGAAGUAAGAACCCCAAGAUCACACUUAAAUUAUCUGAAUUCAGAGUGGACAACCAAGGAAAGAUACUGAAGACCGAGGACAAAGAGCUGGUGCGACCAUUUGAGGUUGUCUUCCCUGGGGUCGAAUAUAUAGCCCGGGCUGGAUGGACAAAGGACGGAAAAUAUGCCUGGGCAGUGUUGCUGGACCGACCCCAGCAGAGGCUCCAUUUAGUCCUGCUCCCGCCUGCACUAUUUAUUCCCGUCACCAAGGAUGAAAAUGAACGGCUUAAGUUUGUAGAAGCUGUGCCUGAAAAUGUCCACCCGCACAUUAUUUAUGAAGAAGUAACAGAUAUAUGGAUAAAUGUUCACGACAUAUUCUAUCCCUUUGUACAAACUAAAGACGAGGAAAUCUCUUUUAUUUGGGCAAACGAAUCACAGACAGGGUUUUGCCAUUUGUAUAGAAUUACGUCAGUUUUAAAUCAAGGCUGCUAUCGAUGGGGACAGCAGUACAGUAUAAGUGCAGAUGACUUUAAAUGCCCGAUUAAAGAGGAGAUUGCGCUCACCUGUGGUGAGUGGGAGGUGCUGGCGAGGCAUGGCUCAAGGAUUUGGGUCAAUGAAGCAACAAAGCUGGUCUACUUCCAAGCGACGAAAGACACUCCGUUGGAGCAUCACCUUUACGUGGUGGAUUAUGAGGUGCCAGGGGAGAUAGUUAGACUGACCAAGCCGGGGUACUCCCACAGCUGCUCCGUCAGCCAGAAUUUCGACAUGUUUAUUAGCCAUUACAGCAACGUCAGCAUCCCUCCCUGUGUCCAUGUGUACAAGUUGGUCGGGUCAGAUGAAGACCCUUUACGCAAAGAGCCAGAAUUCUGGGCCAGUAUGAUGGAGGCUGGGGGUUGUCCACCCGAUUACGUGCCGCCCGAAAUCUUCGACUUCCCCAGCAGAUGUGGCUUCAAGCUGUACGGCAUGUUAUACAAACCACACAACAUGCAGCCGGGACGCAGGCACCCCACCGUGCUCUUUGUGUACGGAGGCCCCCAGGUCCAGUUGGUAAACAACUCCUUUAAGGGAAUAAAGUACCUGAGGCUAAACACGCUGGCAUCUCUCGGCUACGCUGUGGUGGUGAUCGACGGCAGGGGGUCCUGUCAGAGGGGCCUUCUGUUCGAAGGGGCCCUUAAAAACAAAAUGGGCCAGGUAGAGAUCGAAGAUCAGGUGGAGGGGCUGCAGUGGGUCGCAGAGAAAUAUGGCUUCAUUGACCUGAAUCGCGUUGCCAUCCAUGGCUGGUCUUAUGGAGGCUUCCUGUCCCUCAUGGGCUUGAUCCAUAAACCCAAAGUGUUCAAGGUUGCGGUAGCCGGUGCACCAGUCACUGUCUGGAUGGCGUACGAUACUGGUUACACCGAGCGCUACAUGGACGUCCCAGAGAGUAACCAUCAGGGUUACGAGGCCGGCUCGGUGGCAUUGCAUGUGGACAAGCUACCUAAUGAGCCUAAUCGUUUGCUGAUACUGCAUGGAUUUUUAGAUGAGAACGUGCACUUUUUUCACACAAAUUUCUUAGUAUCACAACUGAUCAGAGCUGGAAAGCCAUAUCAGCUUCAGAUUUAUCCGAACGAAAGACACAGUAUUCGUUGCCCGGAGUCUGGGGAGCACUAUGAGAUAAUGCUGCUACACUUCCUACAGGAAUACCUCUAAGAAAGAUGAGCAACAAUAAGGAGAGAAAACGAAUGGAGAGAAAGCCCUUUUUUUUAGACCGAUGAACUUUCAACCCACCACCACCUGCCCUCCCCCCAGUGACUUGGUCUCUGUCAAUCACCCCAUAUACCCUUUUGCCUCGACCACAUCCACCUCCCCCACCCAUUCCAUUUAGCGUCUUCAUGUUUGAAACAUUACCGCGUACGGAGGAAACUGACACUGGCCCCAGUCAAUUUGGUUUAAAACCGGGAUUUGAGAGACUUGGAAUUCUAACCCAACCUUACGACAGUUUAAUUUUACAUGUGUUAAUGGUACAGUGUGGAAUCAGUGUUAUUUCAUCCAAACUACAUUGGCAUUGAUUUCAGCUUUUGUACAUGCCUUGAAAACUGUGAGACAAGAGAAAGGGGGAGCGCGAGAGAGAGAGACGGACAGACAAUUAAGACCAAGUGAUUACUUUCAUGGGCUUCAAAGGACAUGUCGACGUGCUGCUGUGAUUUUAACGUCAUACUCUGCAAACAAAGCCGCUUUGGUUGCCCUGGUCGGAGCCCGUGGUUAACAAAUCUUGUCCUUUUGAUUUCUCCUUAAAUCUCUUCACAAAAAGGAAAGCCGUUUUACCCUCUGGAAUCUGCACCACCCAUUAAAGGAGAGUAUUUCAGGGCAGGAGCCAACUACAACUCUGCUGAGUAUUCUAAGUGCGUAUUAUUAAAAGAAAAUAUUUUUAUGGAUUCUUAUUCUUUUAUAAUGAGUGUAUGGCAUUGUAACUCAUUAAAAUAAUUGUAACGCUUA